GUACCAUCCACUCGUUUGGAGCAUCUCUCUCACUUUCUCUCUCUAGAUUGUUGUUGCUCUCUCUACUCUCUCUGUAUGUGUGCGCCUUUGUAUGUCUUUUUCUCAAUCUAACCCUCUGCCUCAUCCCUCUCUUCCUUCUCCGCCGGCGCCUUCUUCUCGCUCCUUAAAUUCUCCGCUUCCUCUUCCCCAAAUCGCCGCAUGAAUUUCGAUCCAACUCUCAGGUUGUUUGAUUACCAGUACGCCUCUUUUGAAGUUAGUUUGCUUGGAUUCAUCAGUAAUUGGUGCAUCUGAUACGCUAAAGGGCGUAUUGAAUUUUAAAAGAUGGACCGGUGUGACACUUCGGGAUUUGUUAGUGGGGGCGGGAUCUUCUUUUUCAGAAACAAUUGAUUCUAGUUUCUUAGCUUCUUCUUUGUUUUUUCAACAUAAAAGAAAUAAAAUAAAACUAGUUCCAUAGCUUUUACUUUUUAAAUCCCGGAAGUCAGGCAGGCUGGUCUAUUGCUAUUAGAAGUCUUGGUACCAAUAUUUUAACUAAAUUUAAUGGGCUCAAACUUUCAGAACUUGAAUUUUUCUGCCAAUUCUUCCUUGAAUGUGCUAAAUAUUUUGGGAAAGUCUUUCCAAGAUGGGAAAAUUGGAGCUGUCGACAGUGCAGAUACCGUUCUGCGACUUGAUUCUACUGGAUCUUCAGUCCCUUUUCGGUCCAUACCGAAGGGAAUGAAGCGGAAGUGGAGUUCGAUUGAGAAAUCCAUGGGUUGUCAGUCAGUUGGAUCUUCUUUGUCUCUUGGCCGGUUCGUUCAUUCCUCAAGUUCUUCUGACAGUAAAGGUAGUUCAGCAACCGCAUGCACCAGAGUGUCUUCUGCUAAAGAAACUGAUGAGGAAUCCUCAAUGGCACUUGAUCUGGAUUUUUCUCUCAAUCUUGGUAAUGAUAAGGUAGCUAGCCCAAAAGAACCAGCUAAUAAGUCGCUUAAAGCACAGACGGUUAAACCGAAGGUUGACUUGGAAUUAAGUCUCUCUACUGGCCCAUCUGAAUCUGAUGUCACUUCAAUUUAUCAGGGUUUUCCUUCAUUUCAGUUGUCAAUGGAGAAGCCAUUUCCAUUUGUAGAAACCUUAAACACAGAUGAUGGAGAAACAUCAGGUUGUUGGAAGCCAGUAACUGCCCAACCAGUCGCACCUCCCUCAUUGAAUCCUCAGGUUGGCUACAUUUUUCACUCGGUUACUGAGAAAGUGGUUCCACAUGCCAAUGUUCCAGACCUUUCCUCGAGCAUUUUAACCAUGCCAAAAAGCUCAGUCACCUGUACUUCCGGGAUAACACAACAGCAGCAAGUACGCUUUAAUCGUAGUAGUAAUUCCAAGAUAUGUCAAGUUGAGGGAUGUGGCAAGGGAGCUAGAGGUGCUUCUGGCCGUUGCAUAUCACAUGGUGGUGGUCGAAGGUGUCAGAAACCUGGAUGCCACAAAGGAGCUGAGGGUCGCACUGUAUACUGCAAGGCCCAUGGAGGUGGACGGCGAUGUCAACACUUGGGUUGCACCAAGAGUGCAGAAGGACGCACAGACCAUUGCAUUGCCCAUGGUGGGGGUCGAAGAUGCAACCGUGAAGGAUGCACUCGAGCAGCAAGAGGGAAAUCAGGAUUAUGCAUUCGUCAUGGUGGUGGUAAGAGAUGUCAAAAGGAGAACUGUACCAAGAGUGCAGAAGGCCUAUCUGGUCUUUGUAUCUCUCAUGGUGGUGGUAGGCGAUGCCAAAUGCCUGGGUGCACCAAAGGGGCACAAGGGAGUACCAUGUACUGCAAGGCCCAUGGUGGAGGAAAAAGGUGCACGGCUCCUGGUUGUACCAAAGGUGCUGAAGGAAGCACCCCAUUUUGCAAGGGCCAUGGUGGUGGAAAAAGAUGUGGCUUCCAAGGAGGCGGCAUUUGUUCAAAGAGUGUCCAUGGGGGUACCAACUUCUGUGUGGCACAUGGUGGGGGCAAGAGAUGUGCUGUUCCCGAGUGCACGAAAAGUGCUAGGGGAAGGACCGACUAUUGUGUGCGUCAUGGUGGGGGUAAGAGAUGCAAAUUCGAAGGGUGUGGCAAGAGUGCACAAGGAAGCACAGAUUUCUGCAAGGCCCAUGGUGGAGGAAAGAGAUGUUCUUGGGGUCAUCCUGGGUCUGAAUAUGGCACCCAACCCUGUUGCCCAUGCAAUUCAUUCGCCAGGGGGAAGAUGGGUCUCUGUGCACAUCAUAGCGGUCUGGUGCAAGAUAAGAGGGUUCAUGGGGGUGUCUCACUUGGUCCUAACACUCAGCAGCCUAAUCUCAGCAAGACAGAGAAGAUGAAAGACGUUGUUAUGGAAGAUUACAUGAAUGAAGAUCUCAUCAUGGUACGAGGCAAAAUGAGUCCCAAUCUCAGAAAAUAUGCAGUCAGUGAAGCCGAAAAGCCAUCAAAGUCAGUUAUUGUUCCCGAAGGUAGGGUGCACGGUGGAAGCUUGUUGGCAAUGCUUGCUUGCAGCUCAGGGCUGGGCUCAAGCAGUAUAAACGCAGCGUCUGGUCAAGAGCAGCCAAUGGAACAUCACACAUUGCCUCGUAGUUGGGUGUAAAGCAGCUAUCUCAGCCUUCCUUUUAUGUGCAUCUGGUGUUAGGAGCACGGUCAGUCGGUAAUGUUGGUCUCCUUCUCCUUAUUUAGUAUCUGUCAAUUAUAAAGCUUGUUAUUUAUUGGUCUAAAUGGAAACACUUCUUAAGAGUGCUCUAUAUUGUGAGGGCAAAUUCUACCGUAUUUGGGUUGUUGAUUUGUUCUUUCUUGUAUAUAUUCUUAGAUAAUGUAUGUCGAACAGGCUAUGAACACAGUUCAACAACCUGUAGGUUUGUUAAUGUUGCCCUUCUGGUCAUGGAUAACCCCUUUUACUGUGUUCAUCCUUUUA